UGGACACUUAGUCCAAACUGUCUUCCUUUUCCAAGAACAAUAUGAACAGCACUAGGGAAUGCAGAGUAUAGAUGUAAAGAACGCUGAGUGAAGCACUUCCUCCAAGCAUCUGUGCUGUGUUUCAGUUCAUCUGGACGGUUGGGAUUUUAUGCUAUCAGAAAGAUUGGAAUUAAUUUGCAUACAAUUGAAUAUGUAAACUAUUAAAGUGUAACCGAUUUUCAACCUUCUUUGUAUUGUUGUCAGUAUGUAUAUAUAAAUGAACAAUGUUUACUCGUUCUCCGUGUUACCUGAACCGAGAAAUUGACAUUUACAUUUAAUUGACGGUUCAAAACUCAAGAGCUUUCGUGAAAACUACAGAUUAUACUUCCGCAUUUUUGUAUCCCCGCCCACGGACAGUCGGAUUGACAGAACAGUUAUUGUAAGGGUAACCGGGACGGGGGAAAGCUUUAAAAUACCUUCCCCUGCUCCUGAUUGGUUCUCUAUACCAUGAGCUCUGGCUCCGCCCAGGAUGUGGCGGUGGAGAAUUUCCUGCGUGACAUAGAGAGGCGGGGCCAGUGGCUGCACUGCGCUGUUAUUGGCUGUGAGGAGGAGCAUCCCCGUGGCAACAUGAACCUGUUGUACCGCAAAAGUCGACUGGACUGGAGACACAGAGAUCAGGAGGGCAAGAAAAGCUCCAGCUAUAAAGAUGCCUCCUCUGCAACAGUCGGGAAGGUUCGGGAUCUGGCGUCAUUUCGGCGCCAUUUCCGAAUGGGAUUUAUGACGAUGCCAGCGUCCCAGGACCUGUCGCCUCACUCUUGUGCUGCUGCCAUGGCACCACGCUCUCAAUCCUGUCAUGCUGUGGGCACCGGUGAGGGAGAGGAGCUUGAGAAUGGAUAUUAUCCAGACUCAGACCCUCAAAACCAGUCGAAUUCAUCCCGCUGUCCCCCAACCAAGCCUAAACGCCACCCCAAUACUCGUCUCAGUUCUACGGGCCACCAGGAGCACCCUUCCCGUGGGGUCCACGCACCACCUGACACUCCGCCACCUCCACCUCCCAAUCACCCACCCAAACACCCAGAGAAGCGGAAUGCAAUGAAAAAAUCUGAUUCAGGUGAAAUGUCAGGACGAAAGGUCCCUCCGUUGAAGCCCAAACGGAGUCCAAGCACACAGCUCUCCUUUGACCCCCCGCCUCCUCGGGUCCCAGCCCCAACCACACCCCUUCCCUUCCAGAGCUCUGAGCCCUCUCCACGGGGCGAGGGUGGAGAUGACGAGCCGGUUUACAUUGAGAUGGUGGGCCAGGUCUUCACCCGAGAGACUCACAACGCCCCGACUCCUCACCCACUCACGCCCUCUGCCACCACGCCUGAUUCUGACUCAGACCAAGGAGAGGCCAUUUACGAAGAGAUGAAGUACCCCUUACCAGACGACAAAACUCGAGAAGCCCACCGCCGCUUGCCACUCAAACAUGAGCGGAUGAAGUCCUCUAAAGCAUACCACUCCACCAUCUCGGCCUCCACCUCUUCCUCGCUUCCACGCCCCUCUUCCUCUUCUCCAGCCUGCACCUCUUCCAAGCCUAAAGCUACCGUCUCAAUCUCUCACUCCUCUCCUCUGCCUUCGUCCUGCUCCUCUGCAUCCUCCACUCCCGUACCUCAAGCCCUCUCCUCAUCACCACACCCUCCCCGUGCUCCCACACCCUUCUUGCUGCCAGGGUCCAAGUCUGAACAUGAGCCCAGCUCCAGUAAGAUCCCAGCACCCUUCCCUAACUUACUUCAACACAAGCCUCCUCUCCUAGCUUUUCCCCAGCCGGCCGCUGCCUCCAGUGGGAUAGGGGCUCAACAUAAGACCAGCUCGGCUAAGAUCAGCGUGCAAUCAGCCUCCAGCCUGCCAGCAUCUACCAGCACCUCCUCCAGCACAAGCUUCACCAGCACUUCCAAAGAUUCCACUGGAGUUGAGAAAGAACGAGAGAAGGAGAGGAGGGAAGGACAGCUGGGACCCACACCGGGACUCAGAGCCCGCAGUCAUUCUACUCCUCUUCCUCCUUCAUCGAAGUCCUCCUCUCCAUAUUCCCACCAUCAUCAUCAUCACCACCCUCACCACAGGCCUUCCCACUAUCACCAUUACCGCAAGCCUGAGAAAGAGAUGUCGUUAGUGGGCAAGGGAUCAGGACAGUCCUCCACCCAGACGCAAACGCAGCCUAAGGAGGGCAAGUCUGUCAGCUUCCUGCUCAAGUCUGAAAAAUCUGAGAGGGAAAGGGACCGAGAGAGGGAUCGUGAUCGAGAGAGAGAUCGUGAUCGAGAGAGAGACCUGAGCAGCACACCAUCUUCCAGUCAUUCUGAGACCCCCUCCUCAAACACAUACACACACACUUCUCAAACCGGCACUAGCACCACUCCAACGUCGAGUCAACCGUCAUUGUCCACAGCCGCCACGCCACCUUCCUCCUCUUCUUCCUCCACUCAGCGCCCUCCAUCUCGCUCUCACAUGCACCGGUCACACACCCCGCACUUGUCCCAUGGUCUUCCUGCUUACAAACCUCCCCCCUCUGACAGCCCCCUGCUUUGGACCUACCCCUCGGUUGGCUUCCGCCGACCGCCUGCCUAUGAUAGCUUGCGCGGGGGCUUGCAGUUGCCAUCCUUGCACACAGACCCCACUAAAACUGGAUCUGCAGCCCAGGCAUUGCAGGCCAAGGCCGGGUUCAUUCCCUGGGAGAGCGCAGCUGCCUUGGGGCUCACAGAAGAACAAGCUUACUGGCCCAUGCACCGAAAAUUAUCAUUCAGUCAUGGGAGCCGAGACACUGAGAAGGAAGAUGGAGGUGUGUGGAAUGGCAGUGCUGAUGCUCUAUUGAGGAGAGAGAGGGAUGACCUAGCAGCCAUGCGGUGUGGCGGACACUCUGGAAUACCUGUGCGGGCAACAGGGAGACACAGCGAGAGCUUGGCUGGGGCGGAUGGACCACCAGGGUUGAGAGGACUGAUACGAGCGGGCCUGCCCUUACCCUGCCAAACCUUCCCAGCAUGCCGCAAUGGAGAGUUGGGUCGCCUUGGCAGGUCUUCCUCCACUUCAGGAGUGAGACAAGCAGGGGGUGACGUUCAAAGGCAGAGCAGCCUGCCGGCCAGAGAAGUACUCAACCAGUUCCACUCUCUCUCGCAGGUUCAGUGUCAGGCUCCCUGCAGUCCGUCUGUGAGCCGGCAGCAGCAGUACCAGCAGCAGGUCCAGCUCCAGUUCCAGCAGCUGGCUCAGCUCGCCGCGCAGGCCCAGGCUCACAUCGGCACCUCCGCAGCCCCGGCCCAGCGAGACGGCAAGCUCCUGGAGGUGAUCGAGAGAAAGCGCUGCCUGUGUAAGGAGAUUAAGGCUCAUCGCCGGCCGGAUAAGAGCUUAUGUAAGCAGGACAGUAUGCCUAUUUUACCCAGCUGGAGGAGAACGCCGGAGCCCCGCAAGACUGGAACGCCGCCCUGCCAGAGGACGCAGGCUGUGGUGUGGGACACGGCUAUCUGACCAAGGUAGAGAGAGGAGAAAGGGUAGGGAAUAUGAAAGUCAUGACCGAUAGAGACAGGGGAAGUGGAAAUCCUUUCUUUUUUGUUUCUUUUUGGUGUAAAAAGACAAAAUGGGAAUUUCGCGAGAAAUGAGAGAAGUGGCCUUUGAGUGAAGAGAUUAAAAUAAAACUGGAAAAACAAAGUGAGAGCAUUUUGACAAGAGAGAAUAGCAUGAUUUAGAUUAAAUCUCUCUGUAGAAGCAGGAGAAAACAUGUGUUCACACAGUGUUUAUGUGCCAUAUAGAUGCAGCAGCCAACACACACACAUUGGAGUCUGAGCUCUCUUUGAGCUGCUGCAAAUUUAACCUGUGCUGCUGAGUUUACAACCCUUUUUGAAACGCACUGGAAACCUUUGGAGCAUCGCAACGUUCGUACUCUAAAUAUAAUCCAUCAGCGAGGAGAAUAGACAUGCUUUUUCCUCCAAGGAUUGAAGAAAUGAUCAAAACUUGAUGCGUUAAGAAUGAAGAGACGCUGAAAGAUCAUAGUGGGGCUUUUCCUCAUAUCAUAAACUCUCUGUGAUUUUGGACUUGUGUGUUUUUACUGACCAGAUUUACUCAGAUAUGCUGCUGUUUCCUGGGCAUCCACUACACUGAUGUUUUUUUACAUUCCAGAAGAGUGUGUGUGUGUGUGUGUGUGUGUGUGUGCGUGUGUGUCAUGGUGAACUUUGAAGAUGUAUCUUUGCAUCAGAGGUGUGUGAGGUUGGAUGUAGACCAG